CCGAACCUUCUUAGAAUGAUCAACGCGCGAGAAAGAAAGAGAGACGGAGGAGGAGGAGGAGGAGAGAUCUCUUUUCUUUUUCGCGAAGCUCCCCUCGUUAAAUUAGGCCUUUGAGGAUCUCUCUCUCUCUCUCUCUCUUUCUCGCUCGCUGUGAGAUCGAUCAUUCAUGGCGACGAUGGCUAACAGCAAUAUUAAUGCCAAAUUGGUGCUUCUUGGGGAUAUGGGAGCGGGGAAAUCGAGUCUCGUGCUCAGAUUCGUAAAGGGUCAAUUUUUCGAGUUUCAGGAGUCGACGAUCGGCGCGGCCUUUUUUUCGCAGACUUUGGCGGUGAACGAUAGGACGAUCAAAUUCGAGAUUUGGGAUACGGCGGGCCAAGAGAGGUACCACAGUUUGGCUCCCAUGUAUUAUAGGGGAGCGGCUGCCGCUAUUAUCGUCUUCGAUAUCACGAAUCCGGAUUCAUUUUCACGAGCAAAGAAGUGGGUACAGGAACUGCAGAAACAAGGUAAUCCUAACAUGGUGAUGGCUCUUGCUGGAAACAAGGCUGAUUUGGCUGAUAAAAGAAAAGUGACACAAGAGGCAACUAGGGCAUAUGCUGAGGAAAAUGGACUUUUCUUCAUUGAAACAUCUGCAAAAGCCGCUACUAAUGUGAAUGAAAUUUUUCAUGAAAUAGCAAAAAGGUUGCCACGUGCUCAACCUGCACAAAAUGCAGCUGGAAUGGUUCUUGUUGACAGACCAGCCGAGCAGGCUAGAACCGGAACUUGUUGUUCCUAAGCAGUCUCGAGAAUCCGCUAGUGAAGGGCGGAAGGGUAGAUGGUCUCUGGAGAGUGCUGGUGGCAGGCCCAUUGGGACGGCUUGGUGGAUUUCAAGACUCCUUGCUAGCUACACGUUCACUGAGUUGGAAUUUGGAAGCUUGUAGAAGUCAAAAUUCUGUAAAUAAAUUCAUCUACUAAUAACAAAUAUUUCGGUAUUAGUUUUUUAUUCUUAUACCAAGUGGUUUGUUUCUAGUUUACCAGCAAAAACCUGAAAUUUCCUAGAUAAAGGUUGACUGGUUUGUAUGUUGACUGCGAUGAAAUAUAAGAUAAUUGUAGGUUCCUGCGGCUA